AUGACUUCUACGGAUUGGAAAGCACUCAUCGACGCCAAGCGAGCCCAUCUUUAUGCUCAGAUUCGUCUUGAAUGGCGCCUCCCAGACGAGAUCACCAACCAAGUCCACCACACGUCCGACGCCAAUGCCUUUGAUCUUCUUGAUAGUGCCAAUUUUCUUUCCAACAAAGAGCGCGAGAUUACCGAAAAGUACGAUGCGUCUACGCUGAUCGAGAUGAUGGCCACCGGGGUUAUCUCGUCAGUCGAAGUCACAACUGCCUUUUGCAAGCGUGCUGCUGCCGCACAGCAACUGACGAAUUGCUUGACAGAGAUUUUCUUUGAAAAGGCCUUGGAGCGGGCAAAGGAGUGUGAUGGCUUCUUAGCCAGAGAGAGGAAGCCUAUGGGGCCAUUUCACGGCAUGCCAAUCAGUGUUAAGGACAUGUUGAUGGUCAAAGACGAAAUGGCUACUCUCGGAUUUGUGUCAUAUCUGACCAAGCCCAAGGCUGACACCAACUCAGUCUUGGUGGACAUGCUCUUGGAGGCCGGUGCAGUGCUGUACUGCAAGACCAACGUCCCUCAGACCCUCUUCGUGUGCGAAGGCAUGAACAACGUCUUCGGUUACACAUUGAACCCGCACAAGUUGAGCCUCACUCCAAGCGGAAGCAGCUCAGGAGAGGGCGCCCUAGUUGGCUUCCGAGGGUCCUUGCUCGGCGUGGGCAGCGACAUUGGAGGCUCCAUUCGAGCCCCGUCUUUAUGUUGCGGUGCUUUCGGGUUCAAGCCGACAGCCAAUCGUAUUCCUUGGGGUGGUCAGCAGGCUUUGAUCCCCAGAGGCUGGCCAGGAGUUACCCCCAGUCUAGGGCCGCACGCCCAGAGCGCUCAAGAUUUGACCCUCUUUUGCAAGACGGUCAUCCAAGGGGAGCCCUGGACUCGUGACUCGACGGCUCUUGUCAGUCCCUGGAGAGAUGUUCCAAGAAAGAAGCAGCUAACUAUCGGAUACUGGACUGGUGAUUCUGAGCUUCCUGUUUUCCCACCUGUCUCUCGAGCUUUAGAUGCAGCAGCUCAGGCUCUGAAAGCGGCAGGUCACCAAGUCAAGCCCAUCACAGCCCCACUACCUCUCGCUCAGGCCGCUCUGAUCUUUGCAAACUCAACAAAGCUGGACAACAAGAAUCAGAUUAUGAAAAUCCUCGCAGAUGGCGAUGAGCAGCCGAUCCAGGCACUGCUUGACAUCAAUGCUGCCUCGGGUACUGAACCACGAGAGUUCACGUUGGAUGACCUAUGGGAUUUCAACCGUGACCGUGAGGAGUACCGUCACGCUUGGCAUCAAGUGUGGAUGCAGAGUGGGAUUGAUGUGUUGCUGUGCCCUGGCAGUCGCGGAACGGCUGUACCUCAUGGGAAAUAUGGCGUGCCUUGGUAUACAAUGAUUUGGAACCUCCUUGAUUGUCCUGCUUCCGUUGUCCCUUUCUUGAAAGCCGGCAAGGCUGUUGACUCGCAGACAAUGGAGGGUUGUAAGUUUUCCCAUGAUUCUGAAGCAGCGCAUGGUGCUCCAUGCAGCUUCCAAGUAGUUGGGUGGACUGGUCAGGAUGAGGAAGUCUUGAUGGCAACUGAAGUGAUGGCUGAGGCUGUUGAGAAAAUGGCUGUCACAGCAUACCUUUAG